GAGAAGCAAGGGAGCGUAGAAAAAAGCCAAAUCCUCAUUCAUUUUUCUUUGAUCUUUGUCAUACGACUCAUAUCGUCUUUGAACACACUACCUUUAUACCCAGUUGCCUGUUGCCCUAAUAAUCGCCAAACCCCCCUUUCAUAUCUCUCCCCUUCCCAAACAAAACACAAUCCGAUUAACCAACAAAACAUAAAUCAAAAUUCCCAGUACAAAACAAACAAACCCCAAUACUAACUUCUCUAACCCCACAAAAACCCCAAUUUUUAAACUUCCUAGAACAUUGAACAACAGGAGUUAAGGUUAAGCUUAACAUCAAGAAAUAGAAUCUGGGUUUCUAAUUUUCUUCCUAUUUUCUCCCUGUUUUCUUGCUUUUCUUGGGUUGAAGAUAGUUACAGAGAAGAGUGCUGUGAUGUGAUGAAUGUUGUAUUAUUCAGGUUUUCUGGGGUUUCUUUGAUUUCCCUUGUAUUUUUCCAAGUACCCAGGAACUUGGCCUUAUUUUUAUUGCCAUUUUUCAAUGCAAAGCUAUGAUCUUUUGCCAAAUCCCACCUUAAUUAGCCCUAAUCUUCAUCUUCUUGAUCUUCCCGUUAUGGAGCACGUCGUUUCGUCCCCGAUCCACCGAUCUUUGGGUGAACCGGAGACCAAUGGGGAUGCCCCAAAGCCUGAAUCCAACAAUUACCCAGAAACCGGACCUGAAGCCGGAAACAAAGAGGGUAGCAACCCAAUUGAGGAGGAAAGCAAGAAGGAGUUGAGUGGUAAUGAUGUUGGUAGUAAGAGCAGUAGUAAAAAUGGGAAGAAGGAGAACAAUAGUAGUAGUAAUAACAAUGUUAUAGUUAGGAGAGAGAGGCCCACUCGGGCUUGCACAGCUCGUCCGGCUAAGUAUGUAGACCCGCCGGUGAUUGAGCGGAGGCCGAGGCCGCCGAAGAGGGAGAGAGUUGAGAAGGUGGUGGCGGAGGAGGUAUCGGAAGAGGAGGAUGAUGAUUUGCCCAAGGAGCAAUGUAGUAAGGUCGUGACUUCAUUGGUAAAUCCACCUACCCAGGAGGAGCUAAUGCCGCGGUGGGAAUUGAGGUCCAUGUGGGAAUUGGCUUCCAUACUUAAUUUCCUCCAUAUAUUUAGGGCAGUUUUGAACAUUAACGCCGAGUUCACUGUUGAGGAGUUGGAGUCUGCAUUGCUUUCUCCCAAUAGUACAUUGAGUGAUAUACAUAUCCCAUUGUUAAAGGCAAUUCCCCCAGUUACUCGAAUGGCUUGUGGACGUGACACUUGGGUGACCGUGCUAUGCAGAAAGUUGAAAGACUGGUGGCAUUGGGUUGCUGAAGGAGAGUGUCCUGUAGUUACUGAUCACGGGGCUGAGACUGAAGCGUACAAGAAUCUUGAUCCAAAAGUGCGUGUGGUGAUCCUGAAAGCCCUAUGUGACAUUCGGGUAGAGCAAGAGGAUAUCAGGAGUUAUAUUGAUAGUUCACUCAAACAUGGGGCUCAGCUUUCAGCAUUUCGGAAAGAGCGGAUUGGUGGUGAUUCACAUGGAACUUCUUUUUGGUAUGAAGAUGACGAAUUUGUUGGCCAUAGGCUAUAUCGGGAGAUAAGGAAAGUUGAAAAGAAGGUUGAGUUGAAGAAAGGAAAGACUAAGGGUUCUAAUGUCCUUCCAUGCACAACUUAUGAGUGGGAGACUGUGGCAACUAAUCUGGAUGAAUUCCUUGAUGUUUCUGAGAAGCUUUUCACAAGCAAGAACAGGACAGAAGCUUCCCUUGGAAAGAAGUUAAAGAAUGAUAUGCUUCCUGAGAUCGAGAAGAUUCACAAGAGAAAAGAAAAAAUGCUGAAAAAGCAGCAACGGCAAGCUCUUCUUCUGGAUAAUUUCGUAAUGGAUGGACUUGCUGGGGGCCGCUCCCUUCGUGACAGGAAACCUGUUACUUACACGUUUGAUGAUUUCGAUCGUUCAAUCAAUGAGGCUAUCAAGACUACCAAGCGCAAACAGCCAUCUCCAGAGCCCGGAGUUAAAAGAGAAGUUAUGAAGCCUGAACCGUCCACCAACGGCAGAUGGAAUGGCUCUUCAAACUCCUCUCUGCAUGUGUCAUUUAGUCCCCCAUCUCCAGUUGAUUAUGAUGAAAUGGAUGUAGACCACAACUCUGAGCCGUUGGAUCGCGGUAACCGGAGGAGACAGAGACCUCAGAGAUACUCAGAAAAAGAGUUUGUUGAAGCGGUUUCAGACAAUGACGAGGAAUACUUUUACAGUGAUGACGAUAUAGUUGGGGAAGCGGUGUAUGAUGAGGCAUAUAUGCAGCAGCGUAAACAGAAAAAGAGACAAACAAGCAGCUCUGAAGGUGAAGGGGAUGAGGAAUACCAAUGGAGUGAUGAAAACGGGGUGGAUGAAGAAGAAGAGGAAGAAGAUGAUUCGGUGAGUAAUAACAGUGAAGAUAGUGACCAACCAAGAGGAAGGUUUAAGAAACCCGAGGGCCGGACCCGGAGCCGUAGAGGAACUAAAAUAAGGUCAGUUGAUGACAUAGACGACUCGGGUUUGAGGCGUAGCAAUCGGGCUACUAGGAACCGUAUUGAUUACCGCACGUACGAGCUGUCUGACUCUGAAACCGAGACAUCCACGAAAAAAGGGAAGGCGAAUUUGCAUGCACUUGAUAAUGCAGGGUACUCGUCAGAAAGUCAGGACUCUGAUGAGGGCAACGAGGAAGAAGAAGAAGAGCAACAGGAAAAAGGAGUUGGUAGUGAGUCCGCUCCCAUGGCUGUGGAGAAUUAUGAUAACGAACCCGAACCCGAACCCUUGGCUAAGUCUGAAAGUCCGAAGCAAAAUGAUCCUGAGAGGAGGAUUGAAGCAACAAGGGGGUAUCUUGAUCUGAAUGAACUAGCACCUGGUUCCGGUUUUGAUGAUGGGCCCAGUGCUUUACUGAAGGAUGAUGAUGAUGAUCAGAAAGGUGAGUAGACUAGAUGAUAUUUCUUUUGUUUUUACCUUUUUCUCCUUUUCUAGGGUGGUUAGUAGUUGUAUCAUAUAAGGAAAUUAUGAAGUUCACGGUCUGGUCUAGCCCAUGAAGGUCCACGGAGGAGGAUAUUCAGUUCUACGUUCACUGUCGAGGAUAUUGUUGAAUGGGAAUACAUACUUGUUGAGGGAUUCCUGUUAGUUGUGCAAUAUCACUCCAGAAUUUGCAGAGUUGUAGAUUUGAGUAGUCAGUAAUUUUUCAGAGGGUCUGUAACUUGGUAUAUCUACUGGGGGGUUUUGACAGAGAUGGGCAAAAAUUUGUUGGGAGAGUGAGUAUGUUUAGUGUACAAUAGCUUCUUCUUGUUAACCAAAUUCGCGGCAACCAAGGUUCCAUCCUAGAUUAAGAGCCCUGUUCUUAAAUUUUUGUUGACUGGGACGGACGAAAGUAAUCUAUUAUUAUGUAGUAAGUACUAAAUAGUAUGUAGUUGGGGUUGGCUGGGUUGGUUGGUUUAUAAAAUUGUGUGUGUCUUAUUAUAAGGGAGCUGAGCUGGGGAAUACCUUGUUGUAAUUCAACCCCCCUCCUCCUACUCCCCGUUUAAGGGCGUAUUUGUAACUUUAUAACGCGAUAGAUACUACUUGUAAUUCUUUUGCCCUUGUUGCUCCCUUUAUAACCAUGCACAUAUGCUGGAUUCCCUCGUC